AAGAAAGAAAACUAUGAUAGCAACUGGUGGAGUUAUAACAGGACUGGCUGCCUUAAAGAGGCAAGACUCCGCCAGAUCUCAGCAUCAUCUAAAUCUGACAACAUCACCAGCCGCUGAAGAACCAAAGCCAGUCAAGCGCCGACCCCGGGCAGAUGUAGUUGUUGUCCGUGGUAAAAUCCGACUUUAUUCCCCAUCAGGAUUUUUUCUUGUUGUGGGCAUGCUUAUUGCAUUCCUGGGGAUUGCUAUGGCCGUUCUUGGAUACUGGCCUCAAAAGGACCCUUUUCUAGAGCCCAGAGAGAGCCUGUCACUAAAUGAGACUCAUGUGAUAGAAAAAGGAGGAAUUAUCAUUCGUUUCUUCGAACAGCACUUACAUUCUGAUAAGAUGAAAAUGCUGGGGCCUUUCACUAUGGGGAUUGGAAUCUUUAUUUUUAUUUGUGCAAAUGCUAUGCUCCACGAGAACCGCGACAAGGAGACAAAGAUCAUACACAUGAGAGACAUCUAUUCCACUGUCAUUGACAUACAUACUCUGAGGAUCAGUGAACAAAAGCAUCUGAAUGGCACUUACACAGGCUUUGUGGGAGAGCCUGAAAUCAAGCACGGUGGAAGCUCCUGUGCAUCACGGCUGGCUGCCAAUACAAUCGCACCCUUCUCAGGCUUUGCAAGCAACUUUAGAGUGGACGGCAAUACUGAGGAGGAUGAAAUGUCCGUGAGUGACAAAAAAAAUGCCACUCGUCUUUUACCCCCUUUGCUGACUGAACACUCUGGCUCAGUUUUUGGCCUUUAUCCUCACCAUGGGAAAGGAAAGGAGGAUAGGAACAGUGGCUCUCUAAAAUGUGAAACAAAGUCCAUUGUGUCAUCCUCCGUUAAUGCUUUUACACUACCUGUAAUUAAACUAAAUAACUGUGUUAUUGAUGAACCCAGUGUAGACAAUAUCUCUGAGGAUUGUGCGAGCACCAGAGGCCGGCCUAGAAAUUUAUCCAUGGACUCUCUAGCUGUUCCAUUAACUGAUACCAAUGACCAUUAUAAACCUGCCUGUGGACUGCUACCAAGGAACAAUUUAUAUGGAGACUCUUCACCCAGUCAGUCCAAAUCUUCCAUGAAUCUUGGAUCUAGCACUGGAAAACUUUUGUCACCUGGUGCAGCCAGAAAGCAGUUUGGAUCGAACACCUCUUUGCAUCUUUUAUCUGCACAUUCAAAAUCCCUAGACUUAGAAAGGGGACCCUCGACCCUCACUGUCCAAGUUGAACAAAGAAAACAUCCCAGUUGGCCAAGACUGGAUCGGAACAACAGCAAAGGUUAUAUGAAACUAGAAAACAAAGAGGACCCAAUGGACAGGCUGCUUGUACCACCAGCCUCAGUCAAGAAGGACUUCACUAAUAAAGAAAAGCUUCUUAUGAUUUCCAGAUCUCAUAAUAAUUUAAGUUUUGAACACGAUGAGUUUUUGAGUAACAAUCUAAAGCGUGGAACUUCUGAGACUAGGUUUUGAUAUUUAGACUGGUAUAAUUAAUGAAGUAUUUGCCAGUAUUUUUUAAAGAAAACAAUUUUGACAAGUGACUU